CCUGUGUCAGAGUUCAGUGUCUCUCAGAUCCAGAUUUUAAGUUAAAGCUGUAAUGUGUUUCAUAUUGUGACAUUUUGUUCAGCCUUCUGUGGUUUUCUCUUAGUGGUCUUUGUGCAUGCAUUAUGAUGGUGUGUAUGAAGGUGUUUGUGUCUCAUUAUGCACAACUCCCCUUUAAUCUCGACUGCUAACAGGAAAUAAGACCCUGAAGUUCCUGUAACUGCUGAUGAUUCACAGAUUAUUCAGAUUUCACAAUGAUUCCAACCGUAUUACUUUUCUUAUGCGUCUGUGCUUUAAAACCUGCAGCGUUAAAAGGCAGGGUAAUUGAAGUGGCAGAAGGAAGCGACGUGUCUUUAAACUGCUCCUCCGGCACUAUUAAGUCUCACAUAUUAAAUACCAGACUGAAAUUAAACACCACAGAAUAUCUCCUGCUCAAAAACUUUCAGAGUGAAGAUGAGGGAUAUUACGAGUGUAACAAUGGAACACAUCAACAAACAUUCAAUUUAGAAUUAAAAUCUGGAUCCACAAAUGAACAUUUAAUAUAUUUCCGAGCCUCUGAGGGAGAUUCAGUUUUUUUCUUCUGUAAAACUUUGAGCUCUUCAUCGUUAAAAGCCGAAUGGUCUUGGACACCUCACUCAUCAUCUGAAGCUUUCAAACUCCAGCAGAAUUCUCCACACUUUAAUCAGCGCCUAUGGAUCAGAACAAAGGAUAAUGAUGUUUCUAUAAAAAUCUCCCCUGUACGUUGGAGCGAUUCGGGGAAAUUCAGCUGUUCCAGAAAUUCAGCAUCUAAAGACAAAGUGAGCGUUUUUGAACUGGUGCUGGUGAGAGUUUGGGCAGAGCCUCGAUGGAUGACACCUGGCCACAUCGUCCACUUCAAGUGUGAACUUUCUGAUGAGAAUAAAGAUUUCCACGUGUUGUGGAUUAACACAGAAACACAGGAGACAUUUUCAAACCCACUGGAGGUGAAGCUUGUGGCUCUGAAGCAGAGCUGGAUGUGUGGUGUGUUUCUUGGCUCCACGCUGAAAGUCGUAUUUCCUCUAAUGUUGAACAUCUCACACGGCUUCACUACAACACCUCCGUCACCAACACACCAUGACACACACACCGAGCCAGAGACAACACACAGCGCAGCAGGAAACUUCACAAACAACUAUGACACAGGACGCAGCCAGUCUCACAUCUUUAUCAUCGCUGGAGUCUUCAUCACCUUCAUCUUCAUCCUCAUAGCUAUGAUCACUGCUGUGUGCUGUACAAAGACACCUGAGGAGAGUCUGGACAGUGUGACGUACGCUGGUGUGACAUUCACAAAAAAAUCAGACACUUCCACUGGACCGCAGCUGAAUUAUACAGAUGUUCCAGCUGAAGAAGAAACUUCCGUUUUGUAUGCGACAGUUAAUUAGUUUUUAUUUCCUUAUUAUUUUAUUAAUAAUGGAAGGAUAAAAUGUGUGUGUGUGGCACAGGAGAGAGAUUAAGAAUUAGGUUUAAAGAUUUUAAACAAAGGAUUUAUUCUUAAGUUGUUGUAAAUAUUGUAUAAAUACCUGCAUGCAUUUAUUAUUUACAAAUUAAACACAGAAGCACAA